ACCAUUUUAAAAUAAUCAAUUAAAAAAAUUGAAUAAUUUUAUGACUUCUUCUCAUUUACAGUGAGAUGUUCUCAUAUGGGCUUACAAGACUUCUAAUAAAUAAUAAAUCAUUCUCCUUAACUUAAUUAUUAAGUAUUAAAUUCAUUAAUACAACAAUUAGAGGUAUCCCACAUUCUUUCUAGAUCAUAUCAUCAUCAUUAUAAAUAUUUAUUGUUAUUGUUCAAAUAGUUAGAAUAUUAUUAAGAGAGAAAAAGAGAAAAAUGUGUGAUGAAGAAGAGAAGGUGAUGAAGAAAGAAAUAGUGGUAGAAGAAAGAUAUUGUUAUGAGAAAGAAAUAGAGUUAACAAUCCAUAAAACAUCAAUGUUUAGUCAUGGAGAUGGAUUUCUUGUGUAUGAUUCAAAGGGUGAUAUCAUCUUUCGAGUCGACUCCUAUGCUCCCAUUAAACAUCGUCUCCUUCUUAUGGAUAGCUUUGGCAAGCCACUUUUGACUCUCCUUCCUAAGAGGCCAACACUUCAUCGUAGGUGGGAAGGAUUCUUGGGGGAGAAAUUAAGCGAUCAACAUCAAUCACCCAUCUUUUGCAUAUGGAAAUCAACGAUGAUCGGACGGUCAAACGUGAUGGUUGAAGUCCACAAUAAACCCCAUGGAAGGUACCACAUUGAAGGAUGUUUUAGUGAGAGAAGGUGCAGUAUAUAUCAUGCACCUUCAGAUGACGACACGUCAAAAAUUUCAGUGGCUGAGAUAAAACGAAAAGUGGAGCCCACAAAAAAAAUAGUGCUAGGAAGAGAAGUUUUCAGUCUGAUUCUAAAGGCUGGGUUUGAUGCUGCUUUUGCAAUGGGAUUGGUUUUAGCACUUGAUAGAAUACAUGGUGAUGACGUUAAUUGCCAUAUGGAUUGUCACAAAGACAUUGGUACAUAGCAAUAUUUAGGUGGGAAACUUUGGACUGAUCUCAUACACCUUUAUUUGUUCAGUGACAUGUCAACUUGCACUUUUAAUGAUACACGGAAAGUGUAAACACUGCAAGUACUUGAUAGAACGAGAUUGUUUUCAUUGUCAAAAUACGUUUAGGAAAUAUCAUAUCGUAGCAUCGAACUUUCAUAAAACGUUAAUAGUAUCAUUUUUGUUAGAUUUUUUCACAUGAUAGCAUCUAAUUUUUGCCUUAUCUAACUACCGUAGCAUUUUUCAUUAAAUUCUUGUCAAUUUUCAUUUAAUUCACCAUUUUGAUGUUUUCAUUCUUAUUGAGUGUUGGUUGUUAGUCUUUAUAAUUUGCUCUAAACCAUUUUUAUGCUUUCAAAUGUUUAAUUUACAAUUUUUGAUGUUUAAUUCACCGUUUAAGAGCGUUGAUGAAUUAAACAGUUAAAUUAAACGUCAAAAUGGUGAAUUAAACAUUUAAGAGCAUAAAAAUGAUUUAGGACAAAUUCUAAAGACAAAAACCAACAUUUAAUAAGGGUAGAAACAUCAGAAUCGUAAAUUAAACGGAAAUUAACAAGAAUUUAACGGAAAAUGCUAUGACAGUUAAAUGAGGUCUAAAUUGGAUGCUACCAUGUAAAAAAAUCUUACAAGAGUGCUACUACUAGCGUUUCAUGAAAGUUCGAUGCUAACAUAUGGAAUUUUCCAAUACAUUAAUAAUAAAAUUAAGGAAAAAUUGUCCAUAAU